AAUUAUUCACGUUCAACCACUAAAUGUCUGUAAAAACAACUUGGAGUCAAGGCUUAGGUUCAUGUUAAAUCAAUUCAAUCAAUCAAUAAAGCAUCAGCUGUAACUUGGCGGUGCACGUAAGUUUCGUUUUCCCUGUUUGGCGCUGUUACUUUCGUUUUCCCAACAGCUUAAGUAACCGCUCUCAGCUGGUAUCCAGAUACGGAUCGGCGCGUUUCGACUUACUGUCAACAGGUUAUGGCUAUGGCGCGGCGCGCAAUGUCUCUCCUUCCCCAGUGGCCAUCUCGUGUUUUUUCAGUGGAGCUGGAUGGAGCGCCCUUCUAUUUUGCAAUCCAAGAAAAGCACCGGGGAGAAGAAGUGCCUCCGGUGUUCCAAAGAGUACAGGAAUAUUACAGAUGUUACUCUCUCUUCGUCUGCAGCAGCGACAGAAUCAGAAGAGCCAUGUUUUACGCGGAGCUGAAAGACAAAUUGUUACGGGACUUGCCACCAGAGUGUGAUUUAUCCCCCAUGUCCUCAUUUCUGCCAAACGUCAAGGAUUCUCUCAUCAAGGGCUAUUUCUUAAAAGACAAUUCAGACAGUUCCUCCCCGAUAGAGCGAGUUUUGCGAGAUUUAAUACAGCGUGAUCCAGUGUUUGUGUGUUCGUACCUAAGAGGUGAUAACUGUCAACUGUGGACUCAGCAUCUCUGGCCACAUACAGGGAGCCAGGUGAUGGAAAAGUCAAAGGAAUACUACGUGGUGCCCUCAGAGGCGCCAGAAUAUCAUCCAGCUACUCUCAACAUCAUCAACUCUGAUGUUUUCUACAGUUUGGAGGAAGCCUGUGAUGUUCUAAAAAAGUGUGGUGACAUCAUCCCAGAGGCGACAUCUAUACUGGAGCUGCUGCCCAGCCGAGCGCAGGCCAGAAGCAAACCAGACUUCCCUGUUAUUGUCAUAGAGGGCCUGGAUGCCACAGGUAAGACCACUCUGACCAAAUCUCUGAGGGAUAUUCUGAGAGCCGUUCUAGUGCCUUGCCCUCCCCAGUGCCUGUACCCCUGGAGGGCCCGCUUUGAUAAGGAGCCACCCCUUAUCCGCAGGGCCUUCUAUGCUCUGGGGAACUACAUCACAGCAGAACAAAUAGGCCAGGAGGCCAUGAAGACACCUGUCAUCGUUGACAGAUUCUGGCACAGCACAGCAGCAUACGCCAUCGCCACAGCAGUGAGCGGCCCACCGUGCAACCUUCCAGCUGUGGGUUCGGAAGUAUACAACUGGCCCAGUGACCUGCUCCAGCCCAACCUGGUGGUCUUACUCACUCUGGACCCUGAGGAGAGGAAGAGGAGGCUGAUGAACAGAGGUCAAGGAAAAACUGUGGAGGAGCAAGAGUUGGACCACAACCGGCUUUUCAGACUCAGAGUGGAGGAGGCUUACCAGAGGAUCAGUGGUCCAGCUUGUGUCACUGUGGAUGCUAGUCCUUCUGCAGACCAAGUGCUCCAACAAGUGCUGCUUUUAAUUAGGGGCAAAUGCCACUUGUAAACAGUCCUCCAUCUCCCCUGCUGGCAGCCAGGCAUCAAGUGGAUGCAGUACCCCCUUUUACCACUAGGUGCCAGUAAGGUGUUGUGAAUGUGACAGCAGGAGGAAGGAACGAGGGCCAGACUGGAGUGUGAGGAAGAGAUUCUAUGCAGAACGAGUAAAGGUUGAAUGGCCAAGGGUCAGAGCUGCAUGCUACAAUGAGAAAUACAUAUUCAUGCGCACACACACACACACACAUAUUCAUGAUUAGUAUUGUCAAGAAGAAGUGUGCAUUUAACUGCUGUUGUGACCUCUCAGACUGUGUAGUCCUGAGACACAGAGUAGCUGCACUUAUCGACAACCACUUGUAUGUGAAUUGACACUAGAGAAAUGGGUAGAAACAUUUAUGUAACCACCAAUCAAGCAAUAUUUCACUUGUGUGCAUGAACAGGAAACAUCUGGAAAUGUACUAUAGUCCUACAAAAGUGCAAACUUUAAAGAAACUACAAUGUAUAUCGCUGUUUUUACAGGUAUUCACAAGCACACACUAAUGUAUCUAAACACAAGCAAGCAUAUUUAUGUACUAUAUAAGCAUACAGUAACUCAUUUAUAUAUGGAUGAAGUGUAUAUUUGGUCUAUGUGAUGUGAAGAUUAAUUGGGGAUUUUAGUAAUUAUGAGCUUGGCAAAGCUACAGGCUGGAGAAGACAGAGUAACCCAUCUUUUUUUACUGUGAUGCAUCAGCAGAGCACCAACCACUGCAGACCCUAUUCAUAUGGCAAUUAAUGGAGCACUGUAUAUCAAUGUCAGUCCAGUGCUCCCCUUCAUAAGUGCAUGGAUUACUCCUACUACCAAUUACAGAAAUGCAAUGUUUUACUGAGUGGAAAGGUGCUGGGGAUAAAAGACCUGCCAUCACAUGCAAUCACAUAAACCCAUAAGGUGUCAUUAUAUUUAUGGAGCACAGAUCCCCACAUGAGCUAAGUAUCUGAGGUCAGUUUACUGAAUUCAUAAGUUCUCAGCUGCACAGUGAUGCUACGGAUGUGCUAUAUGACACAAAAUGAAUAAAGCUUGGACCUGUGUGGAAUUUU